AGCGUUUAAUCUCAGGCGAGCCUGGUGUAAUCGAGUCGUGGAAGAAGGAGAGGGAGAGAGAAAUGGGUAAAAAACAAAAAUGUCAUCUGUAACACAGACGCUGAUAAAAGACUUGAAAAAUAUGGCAUCCAAACUGUCUCCAAGAGAGAUAGCUGAAAACUAUCAGAAAGAAGCUCAUUGGCAAAAGAUGGAUUUAUCCUGUGAGGCUGUUUCCAAAGAGUGUACGAAACUAGCUGUUGCAUUUUCUAAACCACCCAUGCCAACAGAUAAGGAUACAGAACUGUUAGUAAGAGAUGUCGCUCAAGCAAUAGAUGUGUUGGUUGCUUGGUAUAAAGCUUUCCCACUUUCAGAAGGGAAAGUUAUCAACAAUGUGCUACAAAAAUGUGUAAAUGCGAUCAUUUACGCAGUUUGUGAAUUUCUUGAAUCGGUGGAGAACAACAAGUGUUCAGGUUGUAAGGAACGUUUAACAUCAACUGGUACCGUUUGGGAAUGUUGUGAUAAAUUUAAAACAUUACCACAAGACAAUACAACUGCUGCUGUCAGUGAAAUCAAUGUUUGUUAUAAACUGGUUUCCGAUGCCAUGACUGAAGUAGAAGAGACUGUAAAAGAACAUGAUGAACACAUUCUAAACAGCAUUGAUGACAUGGCUGAUGAAGAAGAUGAAAACUGGAGUGCGUCAGAUCGAGCAUUAGUAAAACCUUGUAUUGGAAUGUUGAUGGCAUCAAGGGGCUUGCUGAAAAAAUCAAAGUCGUUACUUAACAAAAAUUCAAAUAUUAGUAACACAGAAGUAGACAUGUUAAUUGAUGUCAUCUCGGGUGUUAGCCCCAGCGUUGAUGAUUUCGUCAUGUCGUUAUAUCCACCAUUAAUUCAAACAAACUUAAUGGACAGAGCUUUCGAACUCAAAACAUGCGUUGUCAAAACAAUUAAUUUUAUCAGAUCAUUACCAAGUUUCAACACAGAAGAACACUCAUGGUCAGAUUUUGUCGAGAAAGCUGUACAUCAUAACUUUACCAUUUUGAGUUCCCUAAUAUCUACAAUAUAGUUACUAUUGUUUUUCUAUUUAGUAAAAUACUGUGCUUUGGCCUUUAAAAUUCAAUUGAUGAUGUUGUCCUAGAGCUUACCUUCUAAGUUGUUUCAUACGAAAGAGCUUUAAAAGUUGUGUUUGAAUCUUUUUACCUUUUGUUAAAAUUCUUAUUUGCUCUGAGAUAUAGGCCUUGAAAGUUCAGCUAGUAAUGAAGAAUAAAGAAUAAUGAAAUUUGCUGGUAUGAAUAAUAAUCAAGAUAACAAAAUAAUAGUUCAUCUUAAAUAUAUAUAUAUGGGUUGGUAAAAACAUAUUUAUUGGUAAACACCUACCUUGAUAAACCCUUAGAACAGUAUUUAUAUCAAGUACAUGACAUUGUGCAUUAAUUAGCAUAAUCAGAAUGUCAAAAAUUGAAAAAAUAAAAAAUAAAAGGAGUCAUAGA